AUGCAAUAGUAGCAGCAAUGUUUUCACAAUUAAGAGAUUACUAGAAUCCAUUUAUAACCUGAAUUUCAAACAGUUCAAUUGCUUUGUGAAGAAUGUGUUGAAGACAGGGGACUUACAACGAAAUUUGAAUAACUGGUGUUACUAUAAAAAGUAAAAAAACAACCUGAAGAAUUACUCAGUAAAAUUAAUUUAGAUAGCACUGUCAAAGUGUUCUUGUCCAGACUUCUUAAGGCGACUGAAGACGAUCUAAAAAUAACAAAAAGAAGAUGGAGCGAACGUUUAUAAGCAAUUAAAUAAAUGUUUGAUAAACUUAUAAACGAGACAGAAACGUACUUUGAUUAAUUAAAAAAAGAACUAGAAGAGUUCAGAAAAGGAUUGGUUACAAUUGUGAACUUUAGUCGAUUUGAGCAAUUGAUUUAGGAUGAUUAAUAAACCAAUAAAGAGAUUUAAAUAGUAAAUUAUAUAAAAGAAUUAGAAAGCGGAAUAACUGGUUAAAAAAAAACAGACAUUCUCAAUCUUAUCAAUGGCUACAAAGAAAAAAUUAAAAAUACUCAGAUUCCUUCUAUUACAGAUAGACUCAGCAAAAUAACCUCAGAAAUGAAUGAAUAUCAAUCAACUGUUACUAAGUACUCGUAAAAAUGUAAUCCUGAUAUCCUCCCACAAUUACCAUAAUUACCACUAUAACAAUCAUCAAAGAUUCUAUCUUAGAGAAACUUUGAGAAAUUACUAGAGAGAAUUACCAAUCAAAAAAGAUCCACAACUAAUUUGAUCUACCAAGCUUAAUAAUAAUAAGGAAUCAAUUCAGAAUCCUUUUGGAAUAGUGUGAACAAUAAGAUCAAUCUCUUGAUGAUAUUUAAAUCUAAAAACAAAGCCAUUUUUGGUGGCUAUACACCUUGUUAAUGGAAAAAACUAUCAACUCCACUUCAAUAAGGAGUUUAUGAUGAAAACUCAAUCUCCUUUCUGUUUUGUUUGAAUGGUGAAGAUUUGAAGUUCUUCCCAAUCAAAAGAGAAAAUAAACCAGCCAUAAUCCUCAACUCAUCAUAAGGUCCAAAUUUUGGAGGCGAUCUGAAUAUCAAUGCAGAUUUUCAGGGAGGCACCAUUAAUUUAGGUACUACCUAUUCUAACGAUAUCCUGCCAGGAUAACCGCAACUGAUAUUUGGAAGUCAGAACUAGCCAAAUAUUAAUGAAUGUGAAAUAAUUUAGAUAAUUCCUUAAUGA